AUUCAUCUCCUCGCACUGCUGCCUCCCUCUUCCAUCAUCAUCAGCCAUCAGCUUUCCUACUCGUACUCGAUCGAGAAUCUCCAUUGCUACCGAGCCACUCAUCUGUCUAGGACGCUAGGCUCCCCCUCUUUGCCUGCGAACACGCUCCUUCACAUACAUCACCACCCUGACCAAUUCACUCCUCUUUGUGUGCUGGACUGACUGGACGCCUUUGGCCUCUCUACUGCUCGUGACCCAAACAAUCUGGAACUCAACAUCGAUCAUCCUCAUACUUACCCUCUUUAUCCUUCUCUCCCAACCACUAUUUCAUUCUGUGUGCUCCUUCUUACGCCUUGGGACUCGACGACCUUCCUGCACCCAGCCUUCCUCCCUAGCCGCCGACACCUUGCAUUCCACCACUGAACCGAGCCGAUCCUACGACGCAUCUGCCCUACCCUGUGCAAAUCUCUCCUCCUACCCUUUUCUCCUUUUGCCACGACCCCGUGCUCCGCCUCGUCAAGCCUUUCAAGCUGGCGGGCACCAACGAGCGGAGAACCUCCACGCAUGGAGGAUUUCUCAAUCGCAUGUUUGGAAAGAAAGACAAGGAUGUAGAUUCGGAUUCUAUACCUUCUCAUACAAGCACCGACGGCAAUCUCAACCUUGCAGGCUCGCCAAAUAGUCCCACCGCCAUCAAGACCAACGACCUUAGCCCCAAGUCAGAAACGCCAGGCCAGAAACCCUCCGAAGACAACGCUCCCUCUCCCAAAGACGAACAGAAGAAGCGCAGGAGUAGUAGCGCCAAAGCCAAGGAGAUAUUCACCCAAGCCAAAAAUUCGCUGAUGCACGGAGACAAGGACGGCCCUCAAACGCCCAUGCAAAAGCUCUCAAAAACGGACGCCGCCCUGAGCGUGCCGCAAGGCUCUCUCAACAACUCGGCUGGCGAAUCCCGCCCUACGCCUAAUUCGUCUUUUUUGGUGGGAGUGACGGAAGACAAGAACAAGAAAUGUCGUCGUACUAUGGAAGACACCCAUUCCUACCUCUACAACUUCCUCGGAACACCUGCGCCUGUCCUCACAGACAACGCUCUCACCCAGAAGAAGUCGUUGGAAGACCGAAAUAGCUUGAGCACGGUACCUUCGGAGCCGGGACACCAUGUCGUCGAGACUGACAACGGCUAUUUUGCCAUCUUCGACGGUCAUGCGGGCACAUUUGCUGCCGAGUGGUGCGGGAAGAAGCUGCACAUCCUCCUCGAGGACUUGAUGCGCAAAUAUCCCAAUACCCCGGUGCCCGAAUUGCUUGACCAGGCAUACACCUCGGCGGACAAUCAACUCGAGAAGCUACCCUUAAAGAACAGUGGUUGUACUGCCAUCACAGCUGUAUUGAGAUGGGAGGACCGUGUCCCCACCAAUAACUCUGCCACUGGUUCUCAGGCCAUCGCGGCACUAGCCGCAGCAGCCGCGAAAGAGGCGGAGAAGAAUGAAAAGAAGGACGAGACUAACGAGGCUACACCGCGCUCAAAUUCCACGGCAGAAGCGGCAGCGGCGGCGAUUCAAGAGGCCAAAACCAAGGCUACACGGCAACGAGUAUUGUAUACUGCUAAUGUUGGUGACGCCCGGAUUGUGCUAUGUCGAAAUGGAAAGGCUCUUCGUCUUUCAUAUGACCACAAGGGCAUGGAUGAGAAUGAGGGUAAGCGAAUCACGAAAGCAGGCGGACUGAUCUUGAACAACCGGGUCAAUGGAGUUUUGGCCGUAACUCGUGCGUUGGGCGAUUCUUACCUGAAAGACCUGGUUACUGGACAUCCUUAUACCACAGAAACCGUCAUCCAACCCGACCAAGACGAGUUUCUGAUUCUGGCUUGCGACGGAUUGUGGGAUGUCUGUUCUGACCAAGAAGCCGUGGAUUUGGUCCGUAAUGUGCAUGAUCCUCAACAAGCCUCCAAGGCUUUGGUAGACCAUGCACUGGCCCGGUUCUCGACCGACAACCUAUCCGUGAUGGUUGUUCGUUUCGACCCGAACAAGUUGCAACAAAAUACCAAGAUCGGUAUUGGAGUCGAGGCAGAGGGCGACAAGGACAAAGGUGCCAUCAGUGAAGUCGAAAUGAUUGUUUCAGAAGCACGACGACAUUCUGGCAUUGGAGAGGAGGCAGCUGUGUCUGAUCAGGAUUCGGAAGAAUUGAGACAAAUGGUGAUCAGGGAGGCAGAAACCGAGGAAGAGGAGCCAGGCCCGGAGUUGACCCCCGAAGGAAAAGGAGAAGCGGAGAAGAUAUUGUCUUCCAAGCAGGAAGACACGGAGAUGAAGAGCGAAGGAAGCUGAUGUUACUGUUCAUGGAAGGCAUUUGAAGAGGAUCAGCUGGUUUAGAGAAGGAGCUUGGACGCAGCACAUCCCCACAGUGAAGUGAGGCACUUUGACAGCUUCGCCGAUUGUGAAGAGACCUUGUGAAUUGCCAUACCGAGCCCAAGUCUCGGAUGCUGUGGUCAGCUGGAUGCUUGCUCAGGCUUGGACUGUUCAGGAUACGAGGUGCUCCCCUCCGUUCGGAGCGCGGGUCAUUCGUGGAUUCAGUUGAAUACAAAGGCAUCCACGUCUUGAGUGAUGAUUGUUUGAAAUGCAUGAUAGGUCUAUUCGAGAAGAAAUGGGGCCAAGGAAGCCAUGAUCACUUUAUGUACGGAAUGAACGAGAGGUGCGAUCGAUUUCAUGUUGGAGUCUUUUCCACAUAGAGAGGUACCAUGGCGCUCAUGGCUGACGAAGAUAUAUCAACGAGGCUACGAGGGACCUGAGGUGUGUCCACUGGCUCCGCGGCGGGCAAAAGGUGACAGUACCAUAUCUCGUUACAUACCUAGCCAUCUUCCGGCGGCUCCAUUUGAGGACUGAGAUGGG